AUGGCAGAGAUCUACAACAACAGAAGACAUGCAGGAAGUUUUGAACACUUUUUGUUGUCCCAGGCGUCUGCGGUGCUGCCUACCAAACAAGAGAUAAUUGAUGAAGUGGAUGAAACCGAGGCUCGUGUGUGGCUUCGACAGUACAACGACGAGCUGCGCAAGCGCAAAACAUCGUUAAUGGAAGCCAGCUGGGCCCACAGUACCGACAUGAACCCCGCCACCGCGGCGGCUGCGAUCCAGGCUAACAACCACGUCCACGAGUGGAAAUUAAAGAAACUAAAGGAGGCUAGGAGGUUCACUCCAGCAGCAUACUCAGAAGACCUGAGGAGGCAGUUCUGGCUGAUGUCGCUAGACGGCACUCCGGAGGAUUCUAACGAUCUCAGACAAAUGUCCAAGCUCACAAACGACAUCGAAAGUCUGUACAGCACGGGCAAGGCAUGUCGGGAGGAGAAUGAGAACGAGGUUUGCCACCCUCUCGAACCUGACCUCGAACACAUCUUCGCGACAUCACGUGACUAUGACGAACUGCGGUGGGCGUGGCUCGGUUUCCGCGACGCGGUUGGUCCAGCUAUGAGAGAGAAAUUCGCGCGAUUGGUCGAACUGAAAAACAGCGGAGCACAAGAACAUGGUGAGAAAAAAUAUACUUUUGAUGAAGGUUAGACAUCUAGGUAAUGAGAUA